CUUUUCUUAUUCCAAAGCGGUAUUUCCCCCAUUUUCCAAACUCCAUUCUUCUCUCUCUCUCCCAUUCCCAUAUAAACAAACCUAGAGUAUAAACUUGCUAUUUAUAUUACAUUUCAAAAUUCUUCUCAGGAGACACACAGAUUUCUUUCCAUUUUUCUUUUUCUGUUUCUUUCUCCUCUUCUUUUAUCUUUACUUGUGUCAAGAACUCAACUACUACUCCAUAUAUAUUCUACUUUUAGGGUUUCUCUUCUUCUUCUUCUUUGGCCUGAACUAAAAUCAAAUAAUACGGUUAUUAAGUAAUAAUUAAUUAAGUAUGGGUAGAGGAAGGGUUCAGCUGAAGAGAAUCGAAAACAAGAUAAAUAGACAAGUAACGUUUUCAAAGAGAAGAUCAGGAUUGUUGAAGAAAGCACAUGAAAUUUCAGUUCUUUGUGAUGCUGAAGUUGCUUUGAUUGUUUUCUCUACUAAGGGAAAACUCUUUGAAUAUUCUACUGAUUCCGGCAUGGAUAGGAUCCUUGAGCGCUAUGAGAGGUACUCGUAUGCUGAACGGGAGCUUGUCACAACUGAAAUUGAUCAGGGAAACUGGUCCCUAGAGUAUAGCAAGCUUAAAUCAAAGAUUGAAAUCUUACAGAAAAACCAGAGGCAUUUUAUGGGGGAAGACUUACAAUCCAUGAGUCUUAAAGAGCUCCAAAAUCUAGAACAACAGCUAGAUGUUGCACUGAAACAGAUUAGGUCAAGAAAGAACCAACUCAUGUAUGAAUCCAUUUCUGAGCUUCAGAAAAAGGAAAAAGCACUGCAGGAGCAGAAUAACAAACUAGGAAAGCAGCUCAAAGAAAAGGAGAAGGAAGUAGCAGCACAGCAGCAACAGGCUUCGCAGUUUAGUCAAGGCCAAUCCUCUCCCUCCUUCCUACUGUCCCAGUCGCUUCCUUCCUUAAAUAUUGGAAGCGGAAGUUACCAGGCGAGAGGAGGAGACAACGGAAACGAAGAAGGGAAUCGAACUCAGACUACUAGAACCAACACUGCUACUCUUAUGCCACCAUGGAUGCUUCGUCAUGUUAAUGAAUGGAAGUAACCGAAUAAAAUAUAAUUAUAUGAUAAUCUCAUAUCUAUCUCGUCUUACAUUUCUUGUAAAUUUUUGGGUGUCUAUCCGUCGCAAUCGUGUCUGUGUACUUAGUUAUGACAUAGGCAUAAUCAUAAAUGUUAUACAUAGAUAAGAGAUGAAAUGUAUCAUCAUCUCUUCUCAUCUCACUAUCCCUUCUCUAGCUAAUAGUUCAAUGUACCAUGCAUGUAAUAUUGUAUCUCUAUUCUUAUAUAUUUUACUACGACGAUGAUGAUGUACUGCAACACACCAACCAAAAGUGGUUAUGUCAAUUGGAUGUGAGAAGUGCACAAAGACUUUGUUCUAUAAUUUAGAACCUAUGGGCGUAUUUUACACAA